AUGGGGGACUCGUCGCCAGAAUUUGAUCCCGAGUAUGUCCGAUUCGGAGAAGAGAUCCGAGCGCAAUUGAAGGAACUCGGAGAAGAUACACAAACUUUUUCCUCCUCAUAUGAUCCGGCUGAUCGAGGCUGGUCCUCAUACGUUACAGAUGCCAACGCCUUUUUUGCUGGUAGGAGGAUAAAGCCUAGAGCUUGGCGCCGUCAUUAUGACAGAGGCCUUUGCGCUAGACUUGCACUCUACUGUUAUAAUCUUCAGAAGGGCACAGUUUACGAUUUUGGGUAUAUCUGUCAGUUACAUGAGCAGAGACACCGUUCCUUCACCAAGUCUUUCAUAACAUGUGAGGCCGUUAAUCUAGCCGACCGUUCUCCACUCACUUUCGAGACUUGCGUGAAGCAUAACGAUGAUCAAGUUACAUAUGUCCCCAAUUUGUGGUGGGAGACUCACAUUUGCAGGGUCGAAGGUAGCGAAGAGGCUGAUUAUGAGUGGGACGAUAGAGCAGUAAAUGAUUAUUACAAAGGUGAAAUGCCUAAAUGGCUGUCUAAUGAAGAUCAGCAGCAACGAUCCUAUGUGGUUAAACAAUCAGAGCUUCGUAACGAGAAAAACGGAUGGGUGCAUCUCUUAACUGAGUUUGCCUUCUUCACGAAAUGGAAUGGACCGCUUAGUCCGGGAGAGAUUGAGGAUUGCCGGCCUCUGAUUACUCAACGUGUGGUUGUGGAAACUCUUGGAGACGAAGGUGAGAUAGAGCCGAGUGACAAGCUCCAUGCGCCCAAUGCAAUCUUCUACAUAUCUUUUGAGUGCGGGGAUGAUCUCACACAAGGUAGUUAUAGGGCUGUUGUACGUAAGACUAUGGAUGGGAAACCGGGCCACAUGCGCCUCGAGGUUACGUGUCAGAGCGUCUGAUCACAAGAAACGGAGGAAUCAGAGAUCAUCAAAUUUCAAUAUAUCUUGUUAAAUUCACAAGUCACAAGCCUUUUAACUUGGAAAAAUCCCGA